AUGUUCAAAACACUAAAGACGAAAUCAGAGUUGAUUAAACUUACCAAGCAGAUCAUUCCUCCACUACUCCCCACGCUCUACAAAGGACAAUGCGGUAAGAUAGCUAUCAUUGGAGGAUGUGAAGAUUACACAGGCGCACCAUUUUUCUCUGCACAUGCAGCAGCAACUCUUGGAUGCGACUUGACGCAUGUUGUGUGUGAACUAUCGGCUGCUACGGUCAUUAAAAGCUAUUCUCCUGAUUUGAUGGUGCAUCCAUACUUGAGAGAUAGUGCGUCAUUAAGAAAAUUCAAGGCGGAAACUAAGGCUGAACCAAGUACAGCAGCUACAGAGGCUGACUUCGAGAUCGAAUACAUCACAAAGCAAGUAAUGCCUAAAAUCAAUUCGAUAUUGGAUAGAAUUCAGGUGGUGGUGGUGGGUCCAGGAUUUGGAAGAGAUAGGAUCAUGCUUCUCACACUUCAGUACAUCCUUGAAGAAAUCAAGGCACGCAACUUACCGGUAAUUCUAGAUGCAGAUGCCUUAUUUUUGGUGUCGGAAAAGCCUGAGGUCAUUUCCGGCUAUUCCAAUGCCAUUCUCACUCCGAAUAUCAUGGAGUAUAAGAGAAUUUGUCACACUAUGCAUAUUAAAAACCGGGAUAAUACGAAGGAGGUGCAAGAAUUGAGUAAAGCCUUAAAGGUGACGAUCUUCCAGAAGGGACGUAACGAUGUGAUUAUAAAUGGCGAUAACCUCAUCAUCAGUGACGAGCGCGGAUCCAAUAAGAGAGUCGGUGGACAAGGCGAUUCGCUUACUGGCAUGAUUUCCACAUUUUUGGCAUGGGGUAUGUCUGCCUACAAGAAUAAGAUCUGGCCCGAGUCGAAAACAUCGCAACCGCAGCUUGAUGAUGAAGGAAUUAUGAUGCUCGCAUGUUUUGGAGGUUCUAUUUUAACUAAGACUAGUGCCAGAAAGGCAUUUGCCAAAUAUGGAAGGUCUAUGCAGACUACUGAUCUUCAUAAGUAUAUUUCAGAGGCGGCCAAGGAAGUUUUUAACGUUUAA